AUGCCGGUGUGGCAGAACGUCAACUUGAAGCAGAAGGCGAUCUUCGAGAUCAUCCAGCGAGAGGAGACCGGUGACCUACCGUACUACCUGAACGACGAGGAGUUAGACUUCUUCGUGCGCGGCCUUGCGUGCGGCCCGCAUGCGAAGACGUACUUGCCGCAGCUUGUAGAGCGGGACAAGCGGCCGAUCUACAUCGCACGGGGGUAUGCUCCGCCAACGUACUCGCGGGUUGUGAAGCUGCGCUUCUACGGACCAGACCCGUUGAUGAAGGAUGCCGGGUCGAGCUGGCCAGCAGGACAUGAAGGUGAGCUGCUUGAAUACAUCGUCGGAUGGAGGUGGCUCUACGC